CACUCAUAAUAUCACCUGAAUAAGUUCGAGCGACCUUCAUUUAUGCCGUGAGUGUUGUGUUAUUGUAAACAAAGGUGAACGACAAGCUAAUGUCACACUAGCUGAUGCUCGUUUCUAACUUAUGUUAGCUUUGCGAUUGUUAGCCAUCAGGUUGGAAGCAUGAAGUGAGCUAACGUCAACUGUAAAUGGCGUCUCUGAGCCCACACUCAAUGAACAAUAACUUGGAUCAAAUUUGUUAAGAUAGUGACAGCGUGCUGGAUUAUAUUUGAUCAAGAGUGACCUUUUUUCAUGGCAUAUCGUUGAGUAGAGGGCUUAGGAGCCACUCACUUUCUUCGGAGCCUUUGCAGUUUACGGUAUGGCUGUGCACAACUUGGUUUUUGUUAUCGAUGUGGAUUAUGGAGAUCACGACUCCGGCGAUCAACUGGAUGUCAGGAAUCAUUUCUUGAAACGGGGAGUUUUACACAUUCUGUUGCAUUUCGGCUACAAAUAUGGAUUUGAGAAAGUUCGCUGGGGUUAUAAAUUCUUUGAGUCUAGGACUGGUCGCAAUGCCAGUCUCGUAUCGAGGGUGUCAGACUUCAAGGAGCUUCGGCGCAAAACAUUUGAGGACUUUGAAGAAGAGUUUGAAGCGAAGUUUGACGUGAAGGAUAAAGCGUGCUCUUCUCAACACAAGCAACAACCGAAUCAGUGUGCUUCAGUUCAAAAUGCGCUUAAAGAAACCCUGUUGGACUUCCAGUGGGACAGACCAGACAUCACCUCACCCACCAAACUGUCCCUGAGACCCAGGAAGCCUAGCCGUGCUGGAAAGCCCAGUGUGUCACAGGAAGAUGACAUUUCAAGCAAUGGGAGGAAUGUGGUGUUUAUUGUCUCACAGUGUCCACUUUCUAAGACGCAACUUGUGGACUAUCUAUCUUUGAGAGACAAUGUCCUGCCUGCAGAUGUGACAGAGUAUAUUCUAUCCAAGGGGCUUCAUGAUAUGCUGCUUCAGCGAAAAGUUGUCCUCCACUGGAUUGACAAUAGAUCACAUAUCCAGGUUGUGAGGUGUGAUGACCAUUUUGGCUCUGAUAAGCUGUGUGAGGCUCUAGCUCAGGUGGGUGGCAGAGUGAUCCCUGUGGUUGCAUUGCUGAACCUCUGCUGCAACCACAAGCCAGACUCAGGAUUGAUGAGGGAGGCCUUUCCAUUCAAGUCCAGCAUUGAAUACCUGCUGUCUUCUGAAAGGCUCUACCGUCUGGCUUUUCCUGUCAUAGGUGGUGUUCUGCGAUGGGAGCAAGGAAAUAUGACACAGAUAUGUGGUGUCAUGGCGGAGCCAGUGUCUCGCAGACAGAGGCUUCUUCCAGAGCCUGUUGAAGUGUGUCUGAAAGGAGUGCUGCAGGGCUGGGAUGCUUCAUCGCUGACACAGACCUCAACAGAAUCAUGGGUGCUUCAGUGCUCCAGUAGCACUGACCAGGCAGCUGCUGCCCUCCAGCAUCUCUUAUUGGAACUGUCUGCUUAUGCUCUGCACAUGCUUGCUGAGGUAAAUGACAAUGGACUAGUGUACCCGGCUGUCCUCUCCCCGUUGUCUCACUCCACAGCUCUGCUGACCGUUCUCCAGCCUGUAAUCACUCACCCGGACCAGAUCCUGACCACUGAAAAUAUUGCCCUCACCACCGCUGAAACUUCUGCUGACCUCCCAGAUGUAGUGAGCAGUGUUCUGGGAGUAGUGUAUGACAUCAUGAAGGAGGAUGCUGAUACCGUCAGUGAUGAAGUAGAGGAUCAGCCAGUUCCUGAGUGGGCUCUGCAGGAACUCAGCCAUAGCCAACUGACAACAAGCACAUUAGGGAGUUGGUUCCCCCAGUCAGACCAGUCAGGAGUGACCUCUCAUUUAAUGGAGUCAAUGGGGUUGCUGUAUGCAGUGCCAGAGCAGAAGGAAGAGGAGGAGGAGUUAUCAGUCCUGCAGCAGGAGCUGAUCAGUGGUCUGGCUGGACUGUACCAGACAUCACAGGACUCAGACAACAGGGACAAGAAACGUGGCGCCCAGUGUACGCCAGUGAAACAGAAGAUGAAGACCAUGAGUCGUUCCUUGCAGAUGCUGAAUGUGGCGCGCCUUAAUGUCAAAGCCCAGAAGACCCAGGCAGAGGUUGAACAUCUGGGGACUGAGGGAAAGGGGGCAGACAGACCAGCGAAGAGACGAUCAAGUGACAGGAACAAAUCUGGAGGAGCCAGCACUUUUAGUUUCACUAGUGCAGCAGAGCUGCUGUGUCAUCUGAAGUCCAGUUAUGAGAAGACUGUGGCAGAGAGAGACUCGUCUCUCCUGACAGGCGCCCAGCAACUUUUGUCUGCUGUUAAAAACUUCUUUGUAGCAGAAUCAGAUUUGGAGGCAAAGACCUCCCUGUUUGUUCAACAGCACCUCCUCAAGACAAGCAAAUCAAUCAGACAGCUCUAUGGAAUGUCUGCUGAUGUUGAUAGCAAAGUCAGAGAGUGCCAGCUCCAGGUGGUGUUGAGAUUGGAGUUGUGCAAACUUUUCUCCUCAAAACAAACUGACUCACUUGAUGUUGAUCAGAUGGCAGAGGAGAUGGCUGAAAUGCUGAGGAUAAUCUCCCUAACAAAAGAUCCAGUUUGUUUAGCAAGGUUCCUCCAAGAUGAGCUUCUCCCAGGGUUCCUGACUGCUGUCCCCAGAGUGCUUGCAGACGUCUACCACAGUCUAGGCACCCAGCUCCCUGAGGCUCUAGUGGCUGCUCUGCCCGAUGACUUCUUCAGCGACGAGUCAGUUGUCAAGGACAGUAUUUCACCUUCAGCCACCUCACCUACCCCCUCCACACGCAGCCUGGUUUCAGAUGGCCUGCAGGACCUGCGAAAUCGUUCAGCCAACAAGAGGAGGUGUGGAAUGCUGACUCGUCAUCGCAGUAUGACGGAAUCAUCACAGAGUCUUCGCCAAAUAGAGAUGCCCAAGAAGACUAAAAAAGCUUCCAAAUCAAAGGUCUAUGUUGCUCUGGAGAAACCUGCUGCAGAACCACAACCUCAGAAACAAGAAACACAAGAGGUGACGAAGGUGAGACGAAACCUGUUCAACCAAGAGAUUGUUUCCCCCUCAAAGAAAGCAAAGCUGCCGAGGAGCCAGUCUAUGUCUGUUGUGGAAGGACGGAAACGCAAGCGAUCUCGUGAAUCUGAAGUUUCAGAGAACCACAAGCUUCUAACAAGGAAAGUGUGUGAGACUCCUGCACACAAGCAAGUGUUCAGUCGACUCCUACAUCGGCAGAAAAUGGGAAGGAGAUCUGCUCUGAAUGAGGAGUGCAUUGUGGAAGAAUCACCUGUAAAACCUGCAGAAGACCUCAGAAGGAGUCCGAGGAUAAAGAAGUUUGCUCGAAGACACUCAAGCAUCUUCUACUCAAGUUCUCAGCCUCGCUCACGCAACCUGGACAGAGCUCUCUCAGUUUCCCAACUAACUCUCAGUGAUGGAAAAAUCAGUGAGGUUAAUGUAAAAACAGUUCGGUCUCCGAUGCGUCUUCUUUUUGGGGCAGCUGAUUCCCCCAAUCGUCAUUCUGACCAGUCUGGUACAACCAGGGCAACCAGAUCACGGCUGUCUACAGAUUCCAGUGUCUUUGAGAGCCCAAACAAAACACCGACAAAGUCACCCAGCAAACAUGGGAGGACUAUGAGCAGGACACCCAGGACACCCAGGACACCCAGGACACCCAGGACACCCAGGACCCCUCAAACCCCAAGAACUUUCAAAACCACGCCUUCAUCUACAAUGUGUGUUUCCUCAGUUGCAGAGAGUCCUGUAGCAGGCAGCUCUGGGUCACUUGGUAUGGCUCUGAGGGGCAGUCCUUUCAGAUCUCCAGCCAGAAAACCUCUUGUUGUACAAACACCUACUAAGCAAAACCCUGUGAGGAGUCCUCUGAAAGGAAUUCUCAGGACUCCAGUCAAGGCUUUGCUUGAAUGCAGCUCCUCUGCUGGAUUACAUCUGUUCAAUAGCCCCAUUUCCAGGACUCCCAAGAAGAGUGUCACAUGGUCUCCCUCUCCUCGAAAAUGUAGAGUAGUGGAAAACAGUGCUACUUUUAAAGUACCAGAGUCGCAUUGUAUUGCAUCCAGCAGUUCUCUGAGACAGGUGAAAACACCCGACAAGUUCAGGAGUCCUGUCAAAAGCACAAACACUAAAAGAGAUAUUUUCAAGAGCCUUGAAAAGACUUGUCAAGUAAGCCUCAUGAGGAUAUCUGAACAAGAAAACAGUGACAUUUUAAAUCCAGAAGAAAAUCAGAGGUCUUCUAAAAACACUCACAACAACAUUAGUACUCCUGAAAGAGGUGACACUGUUAGUCUUCUGGAAAUGCCUCUUCCACAGUCCACACCACCUCCAGACAAUCACCUCUCACCUCACCCAACCACUAGCACUGAAAAUUUUACCCCUAGUCCUACUCACCAAAUGAUUACUCGCUCUGGACGAACUCCAGGAAAGAAUUCAAACACUGCAUCCCCGUGUGAGCCAGUAUUUACACCACAAGGAGGUACUACUCUUUCAGAAGGGACAGAUGCUUCUGUAAGGUCAGCAAAAUUCCUUGCAAGAAAAAGGUCUGGUCAAGGGGGUAGAAUCACGAGACAAAGCUUAAGAUCCCAGUCUAGUGAGGAUGUUUCCUCUAAUCUAAACACAGAAUCUGCUGAGAACUGUGACCUUGUGGAAAAAAACAUGCAGUCAGAUAAAAAUGAAGAGAUGCAGGCUGAAACCUCUCAGUCCUCUGAAACUGACUCCAGCUCCUAUACAGAUUCACAGCAGUUUGACUCUUCUCAUGGUAAGUCUGCCACCACAGAUGAUGACAGUAUAGACAUUGUUGAUGCAGCAGUUGUGAAGACUCAGUUUAGUGGAGGCCUCAAGAUGAACAUAAGCUUUUCAAGGAAGUCUUCACUGUCUGGUGAAGACUAUCUGUCAAACACAGUCUCUCCUAAACGACGUGUGCCUUCCAAAGACACACCUGGCCGGACCUAUGGCUUCAGGCAGACCCCUGACCGCCAACAGAGGGAGGCAGCGGCUCGUUUAGGGUAUGGAAAUGAUUCUCCUCGAUUUUCAACCCCGAGAGGCCCAGCAAGACGUAGCCAAAAGUGCACAGGUACUCCAAAUCCCCUGACCUACCAAGUAGAAAUGGAAAUGCAAACAUCAGGACUUCCCAAGCUAAAAAUCAAACGCACAGAUUCCAUGAAUGCAGGCGACUUUGUCUUAGAUGGAGGUCCUCGAUCAGGAGGUCAAAGCCCUGUGGUGGGUGUAAAAGCUCAGUUGGAAAGCCCCUUGGCUUUGUUCUCUAGACAUAGAGAUCCUGGAUGCGUUUCACCAUCUAUCUGUGCUCAUGUCACCCCAGCAAAGAGCACACCUGGAAAGGGUGGAAGUGUUCAAACUUACAUCUGCCAGUCCUACACACCGACACGACAUCCUACAGGAACAGUAUCUCCAGUGGCAAUCGCAGACGUCAUUCCCCUGACUCCCUCACCUCAGAGUUUAGGGAAAGUGACCCCAGACAACCUCAACAGCUGGCCCCGCAGGAAGAGAGCUCAGAUCGGAGUGUUAGGAGGGAGAGAUCGCGGCCUGAAGGGGGAGCCUCAAUUGGAGGAACUACUGGAGGAAGCAGAGCUUGGAGUUAGUAGGUUGCAGGACAUUGAGGACACUGAUGAGCCUUCAAACAACAAAGUUGAAAUAUUGACUUCCAGACAGUCAGCUCCAGUUGAGGCAGAUGAAUCUCCUCUUUCUCCAGUGGAGGAUUUGUUGUGGAUGGAAAAGCUGCCUCAUGACUGCACUGCUCCUCAGACAGCUGAGGAAGAAAUCAUCUGGGCUUCUGAAAAUGGAGAAGGCCAGUCAGGAGCAACUCCUCCCAGCUCGAAGGUGAGAAAGCCAGUGACUGCAAGUGGUAUUUUGGCCCUCACUCAGUCUCCAUUACUGUUCAAGAGCAAAACAGGUUCUGCAAGUAAGAGAACACCAAACUUUAAAGAUGAAGCAGGAUCAGGGAAGAGGGAAGUCGAUGACGUGGACCUUGCUUCACUCAGUCAACCACUCAAACGUUCAAACACAGGGAAGACCUACAGCAGGAAGAGACUGCUGCACUGAACCUAAAACUGUCUGGCAAGCAAAGCAGAAAGAUUAGCCAUUCUGUGUUUGACUGUGAAGCUGUGAGGCUUUUGAUGGAAUAACUGAAAGAUGCCUUUCAAGUACUGCUUGAAAAGUUCUGUAUAUGAACAAAUGUCCCAUUCAGUCUGCUGAGCCAAGACUUCUGACUGUGACGUUUUCUAUUCUUACCAGUGACUUUUGUUUUAUUCAGGACAGUUUUAGAUUUUAAGGUUAUAUGUUGAUUAAAAUGUGAGUUGAAGGUCAAAAUGUUUGAAAUGGCUUUACAGUUCCAGUUAAUAAUGCUGUCAUUUAAAACAUGCCAUGUUUCCUGCUUGGGUUUUCUGAAGCUAAAAUUUUGGAAAACCGUUAAAUUAUAUGUGUGUCCCCCCCCAAAAGUGUAAUCUAUUAUUUUACAAAUCAGAGAUGUAAUUUGUUGAAGUACUAUAAAUGUGUAUUUAUUAUUUUUUUUGUCAUAAAUCUGACAAAAAAAAUCGAAGUAAAAGGGAAUGCCUAAUGAUUGAUUCAUAUUGUAAAUAUGUGAUGUUGCCAAAGUCUUGUAAAUAAAUGUGUUUUCCUAAUUGUUUGAAUGUAAUUAAAAAUGUUUUUAUCCUGUU